AUGGGCAACCUUAAUAGCCAAACAGUAGAUAAUAGUUUUCAACAAAAACAGUUCGAAUUAAAAGUAAACCGAGAUAAUCUUAGUAAACGGGAAAAAGAAUAUCAAAAUAAUAUUGAAAAAUUAAAUAAAGAAGCAAGAAAAUAUUGUAGAAAAGGAGAUAAAGAAAAUGCAAAAAGGCAAAUAAAAUUAAGAACACUUUAUGAAACUAAUUUAAAGGAAAUUCGGUGUUAUCUUGAUCAAACAGAAACUAUAUUAAUUCAGUUGGAAGCUUCAAAAAGAAACUAUGACGUAGCAAAGUUAAUGGAUGAAAGUAAUAAAGAAAUAAAAAAAAUAUUAAACAAAAUACCUAAAAAUUUUAUUGAGGAGAUUAUCAAUACUAAGAAAGAAAAUAGUGAUAAACUAAAGGAGAUUGAUUCAUUGUAUGAACAAUUAAAUGAUAUAGACAAUGAAAAUCAAAUUGAACAAGAACUAAAUAAACUUGCUUUAGAGGUUAUGAGUGAAAAAGAAGGCGGUAUAGAAGCUGUGAAAAAUGAGGUUAUUGCUGAGUCACUACCAGAGGUUAAUUCUCAAAGUGAUAUGUUAAUAUCUAAACAAAAUAUUGUAAUAGAAACCUUUUAA